AUUGAGUCACCCCACGAUACAGAAAACAGAUCAGACACUAAAAUACACGCCACUACAAACACACAUGGACCUAUAGGAACGAGUAUAUCGGUGUAUUCUGGAAAAUUAGACGCGCCUGACCAUUACCACAAGGCUACACACAGCCGUAGUUUAUGCUAGGUUAUGUACGCAGGGACAAUUGCUGUUGCUCCGUGGAAGUGAAACAUUUUAUGGAGGCUUGGAAGGACGUGGGGGGGCGAUGAGCGGAAGGGGGGAAACUGGAGAUUGCUUCAACGUACUGGAAACAGGACAGCUUCUCCUGGCUACGAGUGACCCACACGCACGGGACGGGGUGGAAACAUGGCCGCGAAUGGCAACAAUUUAACAUCUGGGAUUGGCGAAAUUAUCCAACUGAAUGUUGGUGGGACACGGUUCAGCACCUCUAGACAGACUCUCAUGUGGAUACCAGACUCUUUCUUCUCAAGUUUGCUGAGUGGGAGAAUAUCAUCUCUACUGGAUGAAACUGGAGCUAUAUUUAUUGACAGGGACCCAACAGCCUUUGUGUCCAUCUUGAAUUUCCUUCGAACCAAAGAGUUAGACUUACGGGGGGUAAACAUUAACAUUCUCCGCCAUGAAGCUGAGUUUUAUGGGAUAACGCCAUUAGUGAGGAGGUUGCUGCUGUGUGAGGAAAUAGAACGUUCGUCCUGUGGCAGUGUUCUGUUCCAUGGAUACCUCCCACCUCCAGCUCUCCCAGCCCGUAAGUCUAGCCCCACCCCUGCAGCCUCUGGCCUUGCCGUUGAGGAUCGGCCUGGUCCUAGUGGAGCAGAGGGGGGGUUCCCCCAAACCUGUCCCCACAACCCCUCCCUUCCUGGACCACCUGGAGCCGAGGGGCCACACAGACUGGGUGCUGUGGUGGAUCCUAGGAAGGUGCUGAUUGUAGCUGGACAUCAUAACUGGAUCGUAGUGGCUUAUGCACACUUUGUCAUCUGUUACAGGAUAAAGGAGUCGUCAGGGUGGCAGCAGGUGUUUUCUAGCCCCUAUCUGGACUGGUCCACUGAGAGAAUCGCUCUCAACGCCAAGGUGGUAGGCGGUCCCCAUGGCGAUAAGGACAAGAUGGUGGCAGCCGCCUCCGAUAGCAACAUCAUCCUCUGGAGCAUCCAGGACGGAGGGAGUGGCAAUGAGAUAGGUGUGUUUAGUCUUGGUGUACCAGUAGAUAAUCUGUUCUUCAUUGGGAACCAGCUGGUGGCCACCAGUCACACUGGGAAGGUGGGGGUCUGGAACGCUGUCACACAGCACUGGCAGGUGCAAGAUGUAGUUCCCAUCACCAGCUGUGACACAGCUGGCUCCUUCCUGCUUCUGGGCUGCAACAACGGCUCCAUCUACUAUAUAGACAUGCAAAAGUUUCCUUUGAGGAUGAAGGAUAAUGAUCUGUUGGUGACAGAGCUGUACCACGACCCAUCUAACGACGCCAUCACUGCCCUCAGUGUCUACCUCACACCCAAGACCAGUGUGAGUGGUAACUGGAUAGAGAUAGCGUAUGGGACCAGUUCUGGAGCAGUGCGGGUCAUAGUCCAACACCCUGAGACAGUAGGCUCUGGACCUCAGCUCUUCCAGACCUUUACUGUCCACCGCUCCCCUGUCACCAAGAUCAUGCUCUCUGAGAAACACCUAGUCUCAGUGUGUGCGGACAACAACCAUGUGCGUACGUGGACAGUGACGCGGUUCCGUGGCAUGAUCUCCACGCAGCCUGGCUCCACCCCCCUCGCCUCCUUUAAGAUCCUCUCAUUGGAGGAGACUGAGAGCCACGGCAGCUACUCAUCAGGCAACGACAUUGGUCCGUUUGGGGAGAGAGACGACCAGCAGGUGUUUAUUCAGAAGGUCAUCCCCGUCACCAACAAGCUGUUUGUUCGCCUCUCCUCCACUGGGAAAAGGAUCUGUGAGGUGGCAGCAGUGGAUGGGACGACCAUCUCGUGUUUCACGGUUAGGGAGUGUGAGGGUUCUAGCAGGAUGGGUUCUAGACCCAGGAGGUACCUGUUCACGGGCCAUGGCAAUGGCAGCAUUCAGAUGUGGGACCUCACCACCGCUAUGGACACCGCCAACAAGAGGGAGGAGAAGAAGAAAGAUGAAGUGGGCGGGCCAACUGAAGAGGAGCUGCUUCAGCUAUUGGACCAGUGUGACCUCAGCACCUCCCGCUGUGCCACGCCCAACAUCAGCCCCGCCCCCUCGGUGCUGCAGCACAGCCGUCUCCGAGAGUCCUGUUCCAGCCUCCAGCUGCAGGCCCAGGAGCCCAUUCCAGAGACGGCCACCUACGAAUCUCUGCGACCCUACAGAGAGAGCCCACUGCUGGCCCGAGCCCGUCGCACAGAGUCUUUCCACAACUACAGAGACUUCCAGAACUUCUCGCUAGGGAAAGGCCUGCUGGAGAGCCCUGAACAGGCUCCAGGACAGGGGGCACGCCCAGGUACAGAGGCCAGAACCCGGUCGCUGUGUGAGGCUGGGGGAGAGGAGGCGGAGCGGAAGGGCUCUGCCAUGGAGCUCUGGGCUAGCCGAACCGCUAACGCCGCUAAUGCUAAUGUCGUUGCUAACGCUGCCAUGGUCACAGACGCCGCUGCAGCUGAGGGUGUCACAGAAUCGUCACGGCAACCGCCUGACAGCCCUGGUGGAGACGUUCGUCAAAGGGUCCAAUCGGAGGAGGAGGAGGAGGGGGCAGGGCUAGGAUCAGGGGUGGAGGCUAGGUCUGAGGUGAGAAGGAAGGGAGGGUUUGAUGGGGGGGUUCUGGGCAGGAAGAGGGCACCUCCCGUCCCCCAGCUCUCCUCGCUCUCCUCAGGGGGGUCUGAGGGGGGAUGCAGUGACUCCUCCUCCACCGCAUCCCCCUCCCCCACCAAGCUGGCCUCCACUUCCCCCCGACACAGGAAGAGCAGUGAGCCAGCCAAUCAGGACAGCAGCCUGUGAGUGAAGGACAGCUCUGAUGUGUCAGUCAGUCAACAGCUUCAGGUAGAAGGUACCCCCCUAAACACUGAUCUAGCACCAGCCCACCCUCCCCAACCCUAACCAUUAGGAGGAACUGACCUUAGAUCAGUGUCUGCGGGCAACUUCAUCUCACAGGCAACACUCAUGACUUGAUUUGUAUGACAUCUCAAAAGAAAGCCCUAUAUUCUCAGUCAAGAGGAAGAAACUUGACACCUGCUGGAAGUUGCUAACUGGCCUAAGGAUGAUCUUCUAGUUCAGAGCAUGACUUUAACUCUUCAUAUCUCUCCAUCAUUGCUGGUAUCUGGUCGCUACACAAUUAAUAAUAAUAAAUAAUUAGGUGGGUGCUUA